AUGCUGGGCGGUAAAGAAGGAUCUUUUGGGGAUGACUUGGAGAAAGAAAUUAGCUUGUUGCUCCGCGAGCGGCGACAAGACACCGAUGAGCUUGAAAAGGAGUUAAAUUUGUACAGAAGCGGGUCAGCUCCUCCCACUGUUGAGGGUUCACAAAGUGCAGUAGGUGGUUUGCUCAAUCAUGGCGUUGGCGGUGGUGCUGGUGCCUUUUCAGGGUUUGCCAACAGUAAGAACGGUAAUGGGUUCACGUCUGAGGAAGAGCUUAGGUCUGAUCCUGCUUAUUUAUCUUACUACUACUCGAAUGUUAAUUUGAACCCUAGGCUACCGCCUCCUCUGCUGUCUAAAGAGGAUUGGAGAUUCACGCAGAGAUUACAGGGGGGAGUUUCGGCAUUGAAAGCGGGGAGUGAGAUUGAGUCAGAGAAAGUCCAUAGUCAGGCAGAGUGGGGUGGUGAUGGACUGAUAGGUUUGCCUGGUUUGGGACUUGGUGGUAAGCAGAAAAGCCUUGCUGAAAUAUUUCAGUCUGCCCCUUUCAUCUUGCCCGAAGUGGGAUCUGGGACACUCUCCCACAUCGGUUUGGGUGAAAGGGAUGAUUUGGGCGUGCAACUCCUGCAACUGGGAAUCCUUCCCGGCCUGCUAGCCGUACUGCUUUUGAAAAUAAAGUCAACUGCUGCUCAAAAUGUAGGUCCACCUGCAUCAUAUUCUUAUGCUGCAGCUUUGGGGGCGUCUUUGUCUCGAAGCACCACCCCAGAUCCUCAACUUAUUGCUAGGGCUCCUAGUCCUUGCCUUGCUCCUAUUGGUGGUGAAAGGCUUUCAAAUGAUAUAAUAGAUGAAGGGGACCAUUUAUCUACACAGAUUGAACAGGAGGUUGAUGAUCACAAGAAUUAUCUUUUCAACUUGCAAACAAGUGAGAAUAAUCCAAAGCAGCACCCAUAUAUGAAGAAAUCUGAACCUGGGCAUCUUAAUAUGCCUUUUAGUGGUCACUCAGCCAAAAUUUCAUACUCAGAUUCAAGCAGGAGCAAUGGGGCUGGAUUAGACCUUGGCCACUCUUCAUUGGUUUCUGAUAGCAAGUUGACAUGCAUAGGACCACGGCUGCUCCAAUUGAACUAUGGUUUGGGUGGUUUUUCCGUAAAUGCAGCAAUACCGUCCAUGAUGGCUGGGAAUAUAGGUACCACUAAUCUUCCACCUUUAUACGAAAAUGUUGCUGCAGCAUCUGGUAUGGCUCUCCCUGGAAUGGACUCGAGAGUUUUAGCUGGAAGUUUACCUUCUGGGUCAGGUCUAAAUCUUGCAGCAUCAGAGUCACAGAAUCCAAACAGAAGUGGGAACCAGAUGGCAGGUGGUGCUCUUCAGGCUUCUCUUCUAGAUCCAAUGUAUCUGCAGUACUUGAGAACAGCUGAAUAUGCUUCAGCUCUUAAUGAUCCCUCUUUGGAGCGGAAUUACUUGGGAAAUGCAUAUGUUGAUUUGCUUCAGAAAGCUUACCUUGGAGCUUUGCUGUCACCUCAGAGAUCACAGUAUGGUGUUCCAAUGGGCAUGAAGUCUGGAGGUCCUAAUCCCCAUGGUUACUAUGGCAACCCUGCAUAUGGUGUUGGUUUGUCAUAUCCUGGAAGUCCCUUGGCUAAUCAAGUCAUUCCAAAUUCUCCUGCCGGAUCUGGUAGUCCUAUAAGGCAUGCUGGUAGUAGUAUGGAAGAUAGCUUUGCAUCCUGCUUAUUGGAAGAGUUUAAGAACAAUAAAACAAAAUGUUUUGAACUUUCAGAAAUUUGCAGUGCUGAUCAAUAUGGGAGCCGAUUCAUUCAACAAAAGCUGGAGUCUGCAACUACAGAGGAGAAGAACAUGGUUUUUGAAGAAAUCAUUCCCCAAGCUCUGACUUUGAUGACUGAUGUUUUUGGAAAUUAUGUGAUUCAAAAGUUUUUUGAGCAUGGGAUGCCAUCUCAGAGAAGAGAACUUGCAUGCAAGCUUUUUGGACAUGUGUUAACACUUAGCCUUCAGAUGUAUGGAUGUAGAAAUCUAAUACCUGCAAAGGUUAAAGAAAAGAAAAUUUCCUCCAUUCCAGUUGUUCUGAAGAUACUGUUGUUAAUUGGAAUAAGAUUUGUCAGUUCCUCCAAUAAUUUCAUUUGCUUUUACAUUCAGGCAAUAGAAGUGGUUGAUCUGGACCAAAAGAUAAAAAUGGUGGAAGAACUUGAUGGUCACGUCAUGCGCUGUGUGCGUGAUCAGAAUGGAAACCAUGUCAUUCAGAAGUGUAUCGAAUGUGUUCCUGAAGAACACAUUCAGUUCAUUGUUUCAACAUUUUUUGAUCAAGUUGUGAACCUUUCCACCCAUCCAUAUGGGUGUCGUGUGAUUCAGAGAAUAUUGGAGCACUGCAAGGACCCAACGACUCAGAGUAAAGUGAUGGAUGAAAUUUUAGGAUCUGUUAGCAUGUUAGCUCAAGAUCAAUAUGGCAACUAUGUUGUUCAGCAUGUAUUGGAGCAUGGGAAGCCACAUGAGCGUUCUAUAAUAAUUAAGGAAUUAGCUGGGAAGAUAGUUCAAAUGAGCCAGCAGAAAUUCGCUUCCAAUGUUGUGGAGAAGUGUUUAACAUUUGGUGAUCCUUCUGAACGUCAACUCCUAGUUAAUGAAAUGCUUGGCUCUACUGAUGAGAAUGAGCCUCUUCAGGUUGGUAAUCUCUGUUUGCUUUCUGUAACUGUGAAAUGGAAAGCCUUGCCUGAAGUGGCUUAUCUUGCAAUGAUGAAAGAUCAUUUUGCCAAUUAUGUUGUACAAAAAGUGCUGGAAACUUGUGAUGAUCAGCAACGUGAGCUAAUUCUGUCACGUAUUAAGGUUCAUCUAAAUGCACUGAAGAAAUAUACUUAUGGGAAGCACAUUGUUGCUCGUGUAGAGAAGCUUGUUGCAGCUGGAGAGAGGAGAAUCGCGGCUCAAGCUUCACAUCCUGCUUAG